AUGUCUAAGAUUUUCAAGUUUGCGGUUGUGAGGAUUAACACAUAUGAGAUGGCAGGCAAUAAGAUGAAUCCCAAAGCAAAAGGGAGAGAAGAUAAAAAUAAAACAAACCCUAAAACUAUUGGACAAACAAAUGAAGAUGUUGAGGAACCUGAUUUUGCUUUGCUUAGAAAACCAAUACCUACCAGUAUAACAGGCUUUGGUCAAGUAAGGAAAAUAUUUGACAUGGCUACUGCAGAACUCAAAGACUUACUAUCUAAGGAAUGUGAUUUAUUAUAUGAAUGUAAAGUGUGCCGGAAUUUAUUUAGAAGUUUGGCUAAUUUUAUAUCUCAUAAACGUGUAUAUUGCAAAGAGAAGUUUAAUACCAACAUACAUAGUCAGUUUGUGAAGAGUAAUUCUAUGGUCAGUGAGAUAAUGAAGAUCAAACGCUUGGAACAGGGAUAUCAGGAAUCACUUAAAGAAAGUAGCAAAUCAGAAAACAAAGAUGAAAAUGAUGUAGAUGACCGUAUACCUUUAUCAAAGGAUUUAACAACGAUAAUUGAAAAAAUUGCCAACAGUAAAGGUUCCUAUGAAAAUAGUUGUGAUGAGCCACAAAUAGCGUUGCAAAAAAUUCCAAACAGCACCGUUGCUAUGUUUCAAAACAUUGAGACAAGCAAAGAAAUGCAUAUGGAUGAUAUGAGAGUGCAAGUAAAAGAACUGGACAACAUCCUAUCAAGAGAUACAGCGGUAAUGCAGAGUGAUGGUAACUUUAAAAUUAAAAGUUCUGGUGCCAUAGAACCUGAUAAUGUUAUACAGAUAAGUGAUGAUGAGGACAAUGAUGGUACUAACAUCCUGAAAUGUAAAAUCUGUGACAUGCAGUUCUCAACCCAAAAGACCCUCAAGUUUCAUAUGAAGUACAAACAUGUUGAAACUCGUCUAGUCUACCCAUGUCCUGAUUGUCUGGAGAUCUUCUCGACGUCAUGGAGUGUAUAUAGGCAUCUCUUCAAAGUACACAGAAAAACAGCGGCACAAAUUAGAAGAUUACGAGAGUCAAUUCAAGCGAAAGCCUUCAAAAUGAAUAAUCCACCGGCGUUCUAUGAAAAACGUAAAAAUAAUAUGAAGGCGCCGAUUGCUCAGAAAAUUACAGAAGAAGAAAGGAUUGACCAAGAAAAUCAGGCUUGGAUGGAUAACAUGGAAGGUGAUGGUGAGUUACCGCGCUGUGGAGGCUGUGGGCGGACGUUCGAACGCCGAGCCGCUCUCGCUGCGCACACCCACACUUGCCAGCCCCGUUCACGGGCACUGUCUAGACGUCCGCAAGAAACUAAAAAGAUUGAAAUACAAAUACGCAAAGACUACAAUAAAGGACCACCUGUUAAUUUGAAUAUUCCUUUGAAAACUACUGAAAACAAUGAAAACAAGCCUCCCAAAGAUGACUCACUAAGUACAAAUAAGCCAAAUAAAGAAGAACAAAAAGAACCGAUAGAAGAAGAUAAAGAAAUAGAAGAUGCACCGAUGGACGUCAGUGAAGAUGAUAAGUCUAAUGAUGCCACAGAAUCUCCAGAAAAAGAGAUUAGACCUCAUAUAGAAGCUCCCAAAUUAACAGUAAGGUUACCAUUUGCCCACCAAACAGAGAAAAGUAAUCAAGUUACUUUCAGACAAAAAAUUCUGCCUGAUAUAGAAUUAGGUAAAUUAUCAUGUAAAAGAUGCGACAUUCAAUUUAAUGAAAUUCAAGAACUAUAUGACCAUAUGGCUGAGCAUUUGAAAUGGAUGCGUUAUGCUUGUAAAUUGUGUAACUUUAAAAGCUAUUCAUUCGAGAAACUACCUGAACAUGUCAAAGUGGUACAUAAGUUAAAAGGAGACAAAGACUUCUAUUUCAGCACAGUGAAAGCUCUCGAUGGUACCGAGGCUUUGGAUUUGUGCGAGCCUUUAGAAGAAAUGGGUGAUGCUAAUGAAACUAGUCCUGAUUCUGGACGUCCUAGCAGGUGUUCUAGCGACUCUAGUCGUCUGUCCGAUGACAGCUCUUCAAGCAGUACUCGAAUAGAAGGCAGUAGAAAGAGGAAAAUUUACCAUAAUAAGAGUGCAACAAAGAGAAGAAAAGAUUUGGCAACUAAAGCAGGUGAAGACAGCAAAGAUGGUGAUGUUUCCCUCGAUAAAAAUGUAAGUACUGUAGAAAGUUACACAUCUUCAAGCUUGAAAAGUUUUGAAGAAAAUUCUUCCGACAUGGAUGAUGUUGUUGAAAAUAUUACAAAGAAACAAUCUAUCGAUGCAUCAGUCGCUUCUAGGAGACCUGUCAGAAGAAGAACCAAACCCAAAAAUGAAGAUUUUGAAUAUGACCUAUCGAAUUUACUUAAAAUGGAGGCGCAGGGAUAUAGAGACGCCCUUGUUAUGCAAGCAAAUGCCAAGUCUAAUCAAAGCAAGAAAAAGGUUCAACAAGAUAUACAAAUUAAUUACGAAAAUUUGAAUAAAGAUUGCUGUGGAGCAUUGAUGGCGUUGAGCAAGAAAUCUGUUGAGAGGGCCACAGCACAUAUACGAACGAGUUCUUCAAGUUUUUACUCUUUAAAAGAAAUCCGACCUCAAAACAUAUUUCUUAGGCCAAUGUUACCAAGAACUCUGUCUAAAGGAGAUAAAGUGUCUCCAAAGAAAGACAUUAAUGAAGACCGAAAAGAAUGCUCUAGUCCUAUUAAAGAACCUACAAUUAAUAAGGUUUUCGUCAAUGUUCCUGUUAAAAAUAAUGAUGCACCAGUAAAUAAUGAUGUGUCAAAAAAUAAUACUUCUCCAGAAAGUAGUGAUUCAUCCAAUAGCACGGAUAUUCCUAAACCAACUGCUCCAGAAACGAAUACUGAAUCAAACCCCACAAAAGAGCAAAAUAACUCCAAACCUGUGAUUGAAAUCAAGAAGCCAAUAAGCAUUCCGCCUAUAAAAUUUCGUCGUCAAAGUUUAGAUGUCAUAAAAAAUCCUUUAAUAAACAAAAAUAUAUCAGAUUUUACAAAAGCGGGAAUGAAAACUAAAAUACUAGUAAUAAAACCAAUAAAUAGAAACAAAGAUGGGACACAAGCUGUUAAAACACCACUGAAAUUUCAAACUAUUAAAUUAAAGGAUCCUAAUAAGAAUUCUUCUAAUGAAGACAAGGUAUCUGAUCAAGUGGUUGUGGUAAAAGUACCAAAAGUAGAAUGUACUAUAGCUCGACCUGCUAUUUCGGAAGUUUCUAAUAGUGAGAAGCCCCCAUCAAUAGAUAUACCAACAGUAGUAGUUCCAAGCGAUAAGGAAAACACAGAUACUGCUGUAGAAAGUAAUGGUACUAAAACCAUCGAGCCUGCACAGUCAGAACCUAGUGAUGAGCAGAAGAGCAGUGACGGUAUAGAAUUUAUUGACGAAAAUGUUCUAGAAGAAUCAAGUAAAAACAUUGAAGGCGCUGCUAACAAUGAUAAUGUUGUGUCAAGUAACAGUGCAGAGACAAUCCAAUCUGAUAAUGUAAAUAAAAGUGCGUGA